AUGGCCGACCUGAGGCAGCUGGCCCUCGACUUCGUUCUCGAGGAUGAUCAAACCAAACUGGGUAGCAUCGCCCGACGAACAGCCCAAGAAAUCUCCACUUCACCGGCAAACACAAACCCCAUUGCUCGCUGGGUUGAGGCCGUUCAGCCUUGGAUGCCGGGCACCAGCGAUGAGGCGAUGCAGGACGAUCCCGACUGGACGGGAAGAUCGAAAGCACUCGAAUUCUUGUCGCAGACCCUUCAGUUUCUCAGCCCCAAUGUCCUCAAAGCCGCCCAGAUCAAACUCCUCGUCUCCUUCUUCGGAGCCAUGUUUGAUGUCGACCACAAGGCCGGCAUCAAAGCAUCAGCCACCGCUCUCUACAAGAUAGUCGGCAUGGAGGCCUUCCAACCCCAAAACGGACAUGACAUUAUCCGGAAAACCUGCGCCCUGGGAGACAACUUCCCGCGCCAGCUCGCAGCCACUCGCCUUGCCGUUUUCGAACUCCUGAGGCUCUUGAUCACAGACCAGGCGGUGGCCAGAGACCUGCAGCGUCGCGAUGACGCUGCCGGCUUCAUGAGCAACCUACUUCAUCUUUGCCAAAAUGAAAGGGAUCCCGACUGUCUCAUGGUUUGGUUUGACAUCCUGAGCGCGUUUCUCCAAGAUUUUCCAUCGCCGCCCCAAGAAGUGACGGAGGAGGUCUUUGGAGCCUUCAAGGCCUACUUUCCCAUCACUUUGCCUCGGACCUCACAGAGCCGGGUCGAUCCCCAGUCCCUCAAGCUGGCAUUGCGGCAAUGCUUUGCAUCAAACGAUCGACUGGCCCCGCUGUCUCUGCCGUUUUUGAUCGGAAAGCUGGAUCAGGGUGACGGCGUCACCGUCAACGUCAAGCUUGACAUUCUCCACACCAUCGACAUGUGUCUCGAGAAAUUCGCACAUACCGAGCAGUCUAUCGCUCCCUACGUCAACAGCGUGUGGGGAAGCCUCAAGUACGAAGUGCGAAACGGUGACGUCGAGGAUACCAUCGCCGUCACACUGCAGGUGAUGAGGACCCUCACCACGCGACUAGAGGCCGACCUGCUGCGAGACUUUACUUUGACGGUCACACGCGAUUGCCUCAACGACCUGUCGAAUCCUGUCUACACCGCCGCCGCUGGCCGGUUGCUUGUCAGCGUUUUGAGCGCGAGUACGACCGCCUUUGUCCUUGUUGUAGCGCCGACUAUUACCCAUAUCAAGGAGAAUUUGCGGCAUCCAAAAUCACCUAGACACGGCCAAGACUUGCAAAAGAUCCUGCACAUCAUUCUCGAAACUCGCCUGCUUCUCAGGCAUGUCGACAUGACAGACCAAGAGAGGUCGGAUUUUUCAGCCGUCGACCCGAUAUUUAAGUCGCUGUAUGCGGAAGUGUACAAAGCCCCACUGGAACUGGCCAUCAAGGACGAUCCGACGCAUGACGAUAUCAAGCUGUCAACGGUGGCCGUGCAGGGUGCCAGUGCGUUGAUCCGCCAGUGGGUGACCGACAAGGUAGACGUUCAAGACGGCCGAGUGCAGUCGGAUGUAUAUCUGUUGCUACCAGAAGCCACCUGCACAGAAGUCUGCGAUGCGUUGUUUAUCAUCUUGCAACGUCAGUCACUGCGCUGCCACAGAGUUGCUUUUGAUGAGCUCGUAAACGAGACCAUCAGCGCGCUUCAACGUGCAGUGCUCGCCUACCCCAGGAUGUACAACCAGCUGGUAAAGCAGUCGUCGGCUUUGAUCCGAAAGAACAACAUCUCGCCCGAUCCUGAAGCCGUCGGCGCUGCAACCCAACGACUGUGCUCGAUUCUAGCCGUCGUCGGCUUCUCAAACUUGCGUCCGUCUCCGACGAAUGGCGCGAGACAUUUUGUCAAUCUUAUCAGUACAAUGAGUACCGAUCUUUUUGUUGCCAUGGAUGUUGGAUCACCUUUCAGUACGUGUUUUGGACUCGUCAGCGGAAUAAUGGCGAUGAUGCAAUAUUUUCACGACGCCUGUGGCGACCUGCUGGCAGGAGUGAAGCAGUCGCCCACCGAGGUAGCAUAUCCAUGGCUCUCCAGAUUCAUGAACAGGUACCAGGCGCUGGAGCGGAUCGGCGUUGCCGGUAGCGAGCAAGUAUUGGUCGACGAACCCUACCAGACUCCCGAGUUUCGGAAUGACGCCACGAUUGACAAGGAGAAGAUGGUCGAGCUCCAAAAUGACGGUUUGCUAGUGGCCAUGCACGUUUGCCGUUUGAUCUACCGCAGAGCAACAAAAGCAGUGGAAUCACCUUUCCCGGCCCUUGGUCUUAGCGACGACUUUUCUGGAGUCGACAAGGACUCGGAGAACCAGUACCUGCACCAGCUGUCUCGCCUUGCCAGGCUUGUCAUUCUCCUGAUGGGCAAUGCGAAUCUGUCAUGCCCAAACAUGGAAACCUGGUUCCUGACCCUUUUUCGCGACGAGACGGUGCCUCUGCCCCCAUGCACUUCCAAUGGAUCGGCUUCAUGUGGCAUGAACUGGAAUUGGCUGGUAUCCGGACCGCUGGGCAUCCUCUCGGCAGCAGUGUUGCAAAAUCUGCAACAACCUUGCAUCACCAGACUCUAUGACAUGGGUGUUGCUCAGAGUAUCCUGCUAGAUGGAACUUCAUCAGUGUCGGCACCAAGUGACCCGAUAAUGCUCUCUUCCACGAGGUCCAUCCUGGCCAACUUGGCAAACAAACACGGAUUGGAGGCCAACGAUGACUUGAUGGCCGCUCUUGAGCGGCAUCUGAAGGAUUCUCUCGAUCAAGCAACCACUGGACUCGCACCACGAGCAGAAUACGCCUCUGAACGCGCCGUGACCAUAUAUGUGGUGAUUGGUGCUUUGGUACAGAGGUGCACUGGGGAGCAGACCCAGGGGCUUCUCAAGCUGCUGUUCAAGGCGCCAAACGACUUGUCGGUUGGCGACCAACUGGCGCGCGGCAUGGAACACGUCAUUGCUUAUGACCAGGUGUACGGAGGCCUUGGCAGCAUGAAAAAGGCGCUCUGGAAGCAGAAACUUUGGUACGAUCUCGUGGAGCCGAUGGUGAACGCCGCCAUCGGUAUGUCGCAAGACAUUCAAACCCCUCUGCUGAAGUCAAACUACGGGAUUGCUGCCCUCCAUAUGGCCCGCAGCAUUCCGUUUUCAAUCUACGAGGAUGACGCAGACAAGCUCGUCCGAGUUGCUUUAUCCGUCGCUGCGGACAUGGACGUUGGCGCCGACGCCUUGGCCGCGAUAAACGUCUUGAAUCAAAUACUCGAAAAGGCUCCAGAAUUGAUGCAAGGACAUCUUCGCAGCCUGAUCAACGUCUGCAUCAGCCUCGUGUCGGAUGGGAGGGUUACAAAUCGACAACUACCGGCCUGGAUGCCUGAGAGUUAUGGCCCUGCAAACACCGACGGCCAGACGAAAGUCGAGUGUGGGCAGCUUGCGGUGAACAUUCUUGAGGAGCUGCCGCAAAGAUUUGAGCCACGACAUCUCGUUCCAUUUUCCCGCAUGGUGAAGAGAGAACUGUCUGUCGCUUGCGGGCAUUUGUUCAGGGAUGUGAGGAAGCACGCGAGAUUAGCAAAGUCAAGAUGGGAUGGCUUGUAA